AUGACAGCGUUAGAAAACAUCUCUGCGAUCCCCAACUUCGAGAGGGGUCGGCUCUCUCCCGUUGCCAAGAUCAGGAGCGACGUAGCGAUGACCAGGCGAUCUCUUGACCUGCCGCAGCCCCGCAAUGACCCAGACCGUUUCUCCAUCCGCCACAAGAAGAACGUAGUAAUGAUUCCUCCCACCACUCGGGAUCGGAGGAUCAGCAUGCCGGACGAGCCUUCCUUUUCUUGGUCUCCGGAACCAGACACGGCGACGAACGGCAAGCAAGAUAGCACGGGGGGAUGGGCCGUGUCGUCGGUGAAGGGUCAAGCUCAAAGUCGUCAAGCGCGAGAUCUGUCAAUCAUGCGGAAGUGGCACACCAUCGACACCAUCGACGCAAGUCAGGGGAUGGACGACUUGCUAGGACGAGACGGCCUCAACUCCCCUGUGGCAGGGUCCAAGAAGCAUCCCACGUCCCUCGAUGCAGACCAGCAAGGGCACAAGAAGGGGAAAGGCAGCAGCUCCCCGCUGAUGCGCGUCCGCUCCCGCGUCUUCGCAGCGAUUCAGAUGAUGCCUGCUACCUCUCGCUACAAGGCCAAGAACCUCCCUCAGGGCACGCUGGCGCCACUGGACCACCAUAUUCCGUCCUUUGGCGCUGACCGUGCUGCCAUGGACAUCAAGGAGGAGGAUGAAGAGGAGGUCAACCAUGCAGCGGAGGACUUCAGUGACUCCUUGAUCCACAACUUGAUCGAACAACAGAGAGAAAACUUUGAGAUCUACCGCAAGUACCUGAACAAGGCAGACUCCCUAUGA